GCUGUCACUUGGUGUGUUCGGAUUGCGAUGGUGAUUCGUCGGUGAGAACAUAACCAAGUUCUUGAGUUCAAUAAUUUUCGAGGGUAGAAAAAUUGGUAUAUUUAAUAAUUAAUAGUGUUUAUUGUAUACAUUCAUUUGGCUUGGAGUCUGCGAUUGCAUAAGGAUUAUACUGAAAUGGCAGAAGGGGUAGAUCUUGAUACUGAAUACACGCUCAUGAUUGAUCCUGGUACUGGAGAGUACAUUCAAAACCCUCGAGGACAGUAUCUAGUUCUUUCGACAUUGGAUAAGCAAUCUUUUUUUCGUGACCUCGUGUUCACUGAAGCGGCUGAAAGUGAUCCAAUACCUCCUGAAAGUAAAAAAGGCCCUCCCGAGCAUGUGGGCAGUGAUGAUAGUAAUGCAGAAGUGGCCAAUCUAGUACCUCAAGCGGCUCCAGCUCCUCGGCGCCCGUGGUCGGAUAAACAGACAUUAAGUCUCAUCAAUUACUACAAAGCGAAUCAAAAAUUAUUUGAUGAUACAGUCAUUAGAAACGAAAUGUUGUGGAGAAAAUUUGUCAAGGAUCACUCCAAGGAAGGAGGUUAUCAUGACAUACAGCAAGUGAAAGAUAAAUGGAUGAGAUUGAAGAGACAGUUCCAUAAAAUGCUUGACAAUCGAUCAGCUAAAGCCACUGGCGCUAGGCGUAUCGACUGGCAAUAUUUCGACGCGAUGUACGAAAUUCUGAAGGAAAAUCCCAAAUCUAAAUCUGUUGCAAUUGCAUCAUCACGUAGAGGAGCAGCGAACAUCGUAGUAGACCCUAAUAUGCCUGAUAAUAACUUUGAAGCAAAGGCAGCAGAAGACAAGAUUGAGCCUGACGAUCCAGAGUACAAUACUCAUCUUCGCAAAUCUAAAAAAACUAAAUUGCAAUUGCAUCUCGAGGCCUUAGGAGUGGAGAGGCAGAAGAGCGAAGACGGAGUGAAAGAACGUCAUUCUGAUACAAUGAAAAUGUAGGGAAAAGUUCUUGAAGUCUUGGAGACAUUUCUAAUUGAUUGAAAGGUUUGUGCAACUCAAGAAAGAGGAGGAAGAGGAAAUCUGAUAGUGAAUCAGACUCUGAUGAUUAAAUCAUUUAAUAUAACUUGGAUGGAACGUAAAUUUAAUAUUCAUUCAUAAAUGUACCAAGAAGUCUUCAGGAAGAUACAAAUGUGAUAACUUUGUGAUUUGACGUAUUGUAUCAUUAAGAAUAAUUGUUAAAAACUUGUAAAGUCUUCCUACAGUUUCUACUUCCUACUUUCUACAGGAUCAUAAUUUAAUUUCCUUCUGUUUAUAGAUAAUUUCUAUCAUUUUUUAAGGAAUGUGUCACCAAAAACGUUUGUUAAAAACUGAAUUUUAUGCUUUAAUAGUAUAUUAUAAUUGAUAACAAAUGUUUAGAGCUCACGAAGUUGUGUAGCGAACGGUGCCUAUUAUAAAUUAUG